AUGAACGGCAUCAAGGCAGACCCCGAUGUUAAGAUGGACCCAGACGCAUCUACCCCAGGCGGCGGCUUUAUGGACGAUGAGUUCUAUGAGGAUACUGGCGAGAUGAUCAUGAGCAAGGACAGCUCAGACAAGGACAUCUGGCUCACGCGCAUCCCGCCGUGGUUGUAUGAAGCAGUUUCAAAGUGGGACGAUCUCGCCGAUGGAAACGACAACGAUCAGAUACAAAUCGGAGAAAUUUACGGAUUUGCGACAACAAGCGGCAUCGAUAAAACGAAGCCCAUGCGUGUCUUCCUCAACGACCGCUGGCGCGCAAAGUCAAACCUGCCCUCUGCCUUCCAGCUCGAUCCUGCGCCAGCCACCGACACAAUACUCGGAAACACAUAUGUUUUCACAGAAAAGGAUCUUCCGGGCUUUCGGGGUCAUGGCUAUGGUAGAGGGGGGAACCAAGGGAGCUUUGGCGGUGUGCAAGAUCCCAAGGCGCGCGUUCAAAAGCGGAGCAAGUACAAAAAGGCUAUUCCUAAGCAGACCGCCUUGAUUGGUCAUGCGACGCGACAGUACAAUGCCAACCCUUUGGAAACCAAAGAAUACAAAGAUUUCAGCGCCGCACGCAUCAAGCAAGCCAUUCAAGGCUCUCACAUGACCACCAUAAUUACCAAGGAUACGGAAGUCUCAGAUGUAAACAAUUCCAUCAUGCUCAACAACCGGUUCAAGAACUUCAUCAGACCUAUGACCAAAGGAAAAUCGCAACAGAACAAGGCUGCUCGUAUGGCUAGGUCGGAUCUCAUCGAUUUCUUGCAUACUCUAUUCGACGAGUAUCAGUACUGGCCUAUGAAGGCUAUCAAGCAGCGCACCAAACAGCCGGAGCAAUACCUCAAAGAGGUGCUUGGCGACAUUGCACUGCUUGUCAAGUCUGGCCCCUUUGCAAGUAACUGGAAGCGCCAAGCCGUUUUUGAAAAUCAGCGUGAUACCAGUAAACAAGCCGAGGCAGCUGCUCCAGAGGGCCCUGGUGAUGGAGAUUCAGAGGGUGAAGAUGAGAUGGAGGAUGUGGUCUAG